AUGGAUCCUAAAAAUGUGAUAUCAACAACAAUCUACUCCGUCCCCGGAAGUGUAGAAUACACGGCCCGGAUUGCGAAGAUUCUUGCGAGGAGGUUGAAGACGCCUGUUUAUGUGGGCGGGAGUAUUGAGCCCACGACGAUGGGGGUGAUGGCUGAGGAGGAGAUUGAGGGGGUGAAGAGGAUUGUGGAGGUUAUUGUGAAGGGGUGGGAGGGGGUUAAGUCUAACGGCAAUGCUCCGGACCAGCUAUCGGAAUCACCUCCGAUCACACUUCGGGGACUAUCCGGUACCCAUCGUGGAGAUUGUCCAUUUGAAUACUAG